AGUUUUGGGCUCCGUGAGCCCAUGAAAAUCACAAGCAUUCAGGCCCAAAAUUUGUUGGCCUUUGAAAUGAUUCCCUUGUUUGGUUUCAGCUCCAACUCUCGGAGGAAGGUGUGAGACGGUUCGAUCGAUCGACGGAGAGAGAGACUGAGAGAUGAGUCUGGCGUCAACGGCGGCGUACGCUGCUCGGCGGGCAGCGCAGAGGGAGCGGGUUCGGAUCUUAUACCGGCGAGCUCUGAAGGAUACUCUGAACUGGGCAGUCCACCGUCACCUUUUCUACGAAGAUGCUGACAACCUUCGGGCGAGGUUUGAGGUGAACAGGGGAGUGGAAGAUCCUGACACAAUUGAUAGGCUCAUUGUUGAUGGUGAGGCACAAUACAAUAAGUGGAGGCAUCCUGAUCCUUACAUUGUUCCAUGGGCUCCUGGUGGUUCUAAGUUCACUCGAAACCCAACUCCGCCUGAAGGGAUUGAGAUCAUCUACAAUUAUGGCCGAGAAGAUAAUGACUGAAACCUGCUUCACUGUCACUAAUAAAGAUAGGGUUGAUCCAUGAACAUUGGGGAGGACUGCAACCCUGUCUCCUGUUUGCAUGGUUCAUUUUGAGGGCGAAUGACAGGGAUCCCUGUUCAGUCUUUUCUUGCAGCUGUGUAUUUGUGCUUGUUUUUUCCUGAGAAGACGUGUUUCGAGAAACUUGGACACAAUGUUUUGAAUGAAAUGAUCAAGCCUUAAUGUAUAAAAGGACUUGUGACUGAUUUAAUUUUAUGCUUGUUUCAGUCACCAACUAAAGCACAGGUGACAUAUCUUUGCCCUGCAAGAUUGCAUCCAUGUGUCACCCUUGUUGACAAUGCCAGAGCUAGCAUGUGUCAAGAGGGAAUAACUACUGUAUGAGCAGUGGCAGUAUUAGUUUCUUCAAGCAGAAGUCUCCUUAGCUACUAUUAAUUAUUAUAUAUCAAUAUAGGUUGUUGGCUUGCUUCCAUUUCCGAUGGUAUUUUCUGGAUUUGAUGGAUUGCAUUGCCGCAUUAAGGUCAGGAA